AUGUCCAGCAACCUACCGAAAGAUGGCCAAGAUGCCUCGUAUUCCAUGUAUCCGCCCACCUCACCAGCUGUGCCACCUGCUAAUAUGCAAUAUCAAAUGGGUGCAUACGGGAGCCCUAACAAUUUCGCAGCACAGUACGGCUACGGUUAUCCCAUGCCAAUGGACAUGUACGCGGGCCAAGGAGCACCAUUCAUGGGUUAUGGGAUGAAUCCUAACAUGAUGUACUAUGUUGGAGGGAACAAUGGUGGUAACCAUGCUGUGCCUCCUCCAAGUGGGCAGAAGAGAAAGUACUACACCAACAAACAUGAAAAUGGGAAUAAGAACAACGACCACCAAUACUAUGGAAGCAGCACCAACAAGAGUGGAUCACUUUCAGGUGCAUCCACCAACACCAAUGCGACGGCGAGUAGUACUGCCAAGAGUGUCCCAAUCACUAUCAAAAAUCAGUACAAAUUUGAGAUUGGUAACAGCAAUUCCGUCAGCACCGUUGAUCUUGAAUUGAAAUAUCCCUUUUUCGUCAACACUGACGCUGGUUCUUUCCGUCACGCUCAGGUCAAUAGAGCCAAGAUGACUCUCGCUGCUCUGAAUGAAAAAUUUGGCUUCCCUUUAGAGCUUUCAACGCCUGAGCUCGAAAAUAAGCUUGGCGAAAAUAUUAAUGCCGAAGUUGAUGUCAAUGUUGACAUCGAUAUCGAUGGUGACGUUGAAAUGGAGAAUGGCCAGGAUACUACGGAACAGUUCCAAACAGCACCUGCCACAGCGCCUUCCAUUCAGCCAGAGAUCCAAUCCACUCCAAAAUCCAGUGCCGCUGUCGAAUCCAAGGAGAGAGCUGCACCGUCGGAACAACCUGCAGAGGUUCCCGUGAUUACUGCUCCUCCUAAGAGCUUUAAAUCAUGGUCUGCGGUGGCGCUAGGUGCUGCAGGUACCAGUGGAAUCUCAAAAUCCGCUACAUCCGCGGACAAGAAGGACAAAAAAUACAUACCUCCCACGAUCAAAAGCCUUGAGCCCGUGGGUGUAGUUGCAUUGAGGGUUUGUUUUGAUCCAGAAUACGUCAAAUAUACCACAGAGAAUUUGAAAACUUCCGGAAUGGCUGUUCAGACUAUCGCUGCCAGAGGUAUCGUAAACUCGGGGAACAUCUGUUUCAUGAGCUCAAUCUUACAAACUCUUUUAUUUUGCCAACCAUUCGUGAAUCUACUGAAUUUGAUCAGCGCUAAAACGGCGGCCAAGAUGGGACCUACUGGCUCUGCUCUCUUAGAUGCAUGUCUCGAACUUUACCGCAAAUUUGACAAACAAAUUUUGGCUAAAGAGAAAGCAGCGAGAGUGGAGAAGGGUUUGUCGGAAAUCUCAUCGGCACUAGCGGACGCCAUAAAUCCAGAGGGUUUCUAUAAAACCUUAUCAAAGCUUUCUAAAUUCAAGGAUUUAAGAUGGGGUCACCAGGAGGAUGCAGAAGAAUUCCUGACCCAUUUACUCGACCAAUUGCACGAAGAAUUUGUGCAAUCCAUAUGCAUACUCUCGGAGAGCGAUAUUUUGAAAUUAAUCAAGAGUCUCAACGACGAACAUUCUAAGAUCGUUCUUAUCAGGAACUUGACCACCUACAAAGACGCAAAUUUUAUCAAAAACCCUUCAAGUGAGCUAAAGAAUCUGCUUGAGAAGUAUGGCCUCGCUUCCGAUGAUUCAGAAGAAGACCAAGAGAAAGGCUGGCAACAAGUUAGCAGCACAAGCAAGAAAGGCAAAAAGACUAAGACAGCAGCCAAGAGAACCGUUAUAGUCGAGCCGUCUCCUAUUUCUGUCAUUUUUGGGGGCCAAUUCCGCUCUGUUCUAGAUGUCCCACAAAACAAGGAACCCCAAUCCAUUACACUUGAUCCAUUCCAAACCAUUCAACUCGACAUAUCCGAUCCUGCUGUUGAAGAUGUUGCUAGUGCAUUCCGCAAGUUCAGCGAGUCUGAACAGAUUCCAUUCAAGACCACUACAGGCAACAGUGUAGAGGCAAAAAAGCAAACUUUCAUUGAUAAACUGCCGCAGGUCCUUCUAAUACAGCUUAAAAGAUUCUCGUUUAUUAAUAACACGGAUAAAUCUAAGAUUGUCAACUACAAUGCAUACAGUGGUCGAGUGGAGAAGAUUCGGAGGAAGAUUGACUACGGUCAUGAACUCACGAUACCAACCGAGUCCAUAGCGACGAACACCACUCUUUACAAACCUGGCGGAUCUACUUACAAGCUAAUAGGUGUAGUAUAUCACCAUGGUUUAAGCCCUAGUGGUGGUCACUACACAUGCGACGUUUUCGACGAAAAUCUCAGCAAGUGGUACAGAAUAGAUGACAUCAGUUUGCAGGAACUGGAAAAAGAUGAUGUUCUCGGUGGAGGAGAAGAAGGAAACGACUCAAGGACUGCCUACAUACUGCUGUACCAAAAGCUCUAA